GGUCUUAAAAAGUUGUCAGGAAGCUUUAUGUCAAACUGAAGCUUCCCGUCUCCUGACAGGGAAAAGUUUUCAGCUUGUUCAAACACGCCAGGAUACGGCCUUUUUUUGUUUGUUUAUUUCUUUGUUUGUUUGUUUCCGGGUGAAAGAUGCAGAGCAGCGCUUACGGGGCCUCUCUGGCCGGCGGUGCCUUCGACCCGGAGAGCUUUAUAAAGCAGCCGCAGACGAUCCUGCGCUGUGUGAGCUGGUUGUUCUCUAUUGUGGUCUUCGCCACAAUCACAGCAGAAGGAUACAUCAAUAUACCGUCCUCCACGGAUGUCAAGUGCAUGUUCAACGAUAACGACGGCGCCUGCAGCUUCCCCAUGGGAAUUGGAAUCCUGGCCUUCCUGGGUUGUGUUGUGUUUCUUAUAUUGGAUGCCUACUUCCCACAAAUCAGCAACGCCAAAGAGAGGAAGUACAUCGUGAUAGGGGAUUUGAUCUUCACAGGCGUCUGGGCCUUACUGUGGUUCAUCUGCUUCUGCUUCCUGUCAAACCAGUGGGCGAGGACUACCGUGUCAAUAAGAGGGGACGCCGCCCGGGCCGUCAUCGCCUUCUCCUUCUUCUCCAUCUUAUCCUGGGGCCUCCUGUUCUACUUUGCACUUAAACGAUAUCGUGAGGGAGUGACCGACAUCAACCAGGAGUACAGCGACCCCGCCAACGACAGCAGCUCUGUGUACCCACCCUACGCCGUCAGCGGCCCCACCGGCUACCAGCAGUCGCCCUUCUCCAGCAGCCAGCAGCAGCCGGGAGAGUACCAGCCGCCAUCUUACUGAAGGCCGGACAUUCACGUGCAUAAAUGCCACCAGGAAGUUUGUUUAGUUUUUGUUUUUUUUUCUUCUUUUAAAUAAAGACAUAUGCCAAUGGUUCCAUUUACACAACGAGCUGUUCCCCGCACUCCAGCUUCGUGUUUGCAUAUUUUUGGGUACACUAAUUUUCUUUUAGUUUGGUGGAUUUUUGCUGCGCAGGUGAAAUUGUUUUAUAUCAUUUAAAGGUUACUGUCUCAGUCAGUUGACGCUUCUGUUCUUACACCAAAACAACUUAUUCCGAUGCCCCUUUUUAUUAGUUUGGAGUGCCGAUCGAGAGCCAAAGUGCUUAUCAGUUCAAAUUGACAACACUGUACCGUUUCAACAAUACAACAAUUACAAUAGUUGUUGGCCGUCACAGCAAGCUUCAUUUUAUUAAUCACUUUGUGCAAUGAUAAUAUCCUCACGAUCAACUACUGCUGUGUUUAUUUCACUUUUAAACAAACCACUUUAAAUAACUGUUAUGCACUGAACAACAGUUUCUCUUUGUGGUUUCAUGUUUUAAAUCCAUUUGUGCUAUAGUUUAGCUGAUUUGGGUGUUUUGAGUUUGAAAAAGCAAAAGCCUAACGCACAUCUUCUGAGUGUCAGCAGCUGCUUCUGCCAUAUUUCAUUACACUUCAUGGCACACUGGUGACAUAUUUAUUAUUUGUUCAGUCUUAUCAUCCAAAGGAUACAUGAUAAACCAGUUUUUUUUUUUUUUUUUUACAUCACUUGUCCCGCUUGUGCAGUGCGGUUGUACACUUCCACUGUUUGACUCAGUGCCUUUACAGUAAUUCCCAAAGUGCCUUAACAGAAUGUCCUGUAUCACUCAGGUGUGCCAAAUAAUAAUAAAAAAAAAAAAAACGUAUGGUUUUUGAACCCCUGGCUGUGCCUGUGCUUUCAAACUUCAUCCUCCUCUAUCUUCAGUGCAGCUCCUGUGUGCUCCUUUGACAAAUAUUUGAGCAGCGAUUGCAUUGGUGAGUGCGGAACAACAAUUGACUCAAAUUCAGUGUUUAACGCAGGCAUGACAUCCAGCUACCGAACAGGAAGAGGCAGAGCCAUGAGGGGACGUGGAAGAGAAACUUUAAAUAAAUUGUGUUUGUUCAGUUGUAUCAUGAAUGUAUGAGUUGUCAGAGUGGAGACGUCCUGAUCAGGCUAAUUACUGCUUGUACCUGAAGGUGUACAGUUGCUUUAUCAGAAUUUCUGUUGUGUAAAAUAAAAACAUUUUUGCAUUAGUGUGA